AUGGUCCAAAGUGUGAUGAUUUUUAGGUUUUUCCAAAUAUUGCAGAUUUUUAUUGGCAUCCUGGGGAACUCAGCAAUGUUUAUUUUUUACUCUUAUACCUAUUUCAUUCAGAGUCCCCAGAAGAAGCCCAUAGACCUGAUAUUCAUGCACCUGUUGCUGGUGAACACUCUCGCCAUGUUCAAGCUCAUCUCAGAAACCAACUUCUUCUUUAACAUCAGCCUUUUUCUGGAUGACCUUGGUUGUCAGGUGACCAUAUACACUUUCCAGGUCAUCCGGGGUCUUCCUAUCUGUACCACCACACUCUUGACGCUUUUUCAAGCUGUCACCAUCAGUCCCAGCCAUUCCAAAUGGGCCUGUCUCAAGUCAAGAAUUUCAGGCUGCAUCUUCCCUUCUCUGUGUUGCUUCUGGCUCAUCAACAUGUUCAACUACAGCCACACCUUCAAAACCAUCCAGGCCACUGGCUAUAAUGGCUCCAGGUCAAAUGUCAGGUAUUAUCAACUGAACUGCCAGAGGAUUUCCAUUGACUUCUUAUACUCCCAGGUAUUUCUAAGCAGCAUAAUAAUUCAUGAAGUGGUCUUUGUUGUGCUUAUGGUGGGGUCCAGCCUCUACAUAGUGGUUCUUCUCUAUAGACACCACCAGAGGGUCCAGCAUGUACUCAGUGCCCACGUGUCCAGCCCGUUCUGUCCUGAGGUCAGAGCCACCCAGAAUAUCGUCAUGCUGGUCAGCUGCUUUGUCUUCUUUUACUGCCUGAACAACUUUCUGACCUUCUAUAUAUUUUUUAACCCUGACAAAAUGGUUGACCUGGAUCAAAUUAAUGGGAUCCUCUCCUCAGGCUACCCCACUCUCUGCCCUAUUGUGCUACUGAGAAACACUAAAAUUUUUUUUCAGUUUCACAAUUUGGUGUCGAAGGUGAGAGCUGUCUUGGGUCCAGGACAAUGGGUAGCAGGUGGGGAUGAUUGA